UAAAUUUCAAACGACAACUUCCGGAAGAUGCAGUGUAGCCUCUUCACCGAAACUCAGAUUCACUUCCGUCGAGAUGUUUCCAUAGUAAUUUGAACUAUGGCUUUGAACAGAUCGGACCGUUGUUCUACAUGUCUGAGGAAGUGUUAUGUUACUUCUGGCCAGAACCCCAUCAAGAUGUCAUGUGGUCACCAUACAUGUUUCAGGUGUCACCAAACACAAUGGCUGACCUCGGAAAGAAACGACAGCGAAGAAAUCAAAUGCAUCAAAUGUACAUUGGCCAUUCUGAAUGAUAAAAGCAAUGAUAAGCAUGAUCUACUAAAGAGACAUCCUGAGCUGUGUGUCAGAUCGGCCAAUGUCAGAGCUGUCAUCAAAGGGGUCAGAGAACCAAAGGCCCAGACUGAUACUGCUGACAAGAUCAGGUCACAUACAGCCAAGGACACUUGCGGCUCAGAUGCAUGUCCCCAGCACUACAAAGGGGUUCACCACCACCGCGCAAGCUCCAGUCCUGCGAACGUUUUCCUUGCAUCACCAGAGACGGAAAUGAAUAGUAAACAAUCCCACGAGUCAUGUAAGGACAAAACACGGCGUAACAAGGACACAGAAUGGAGUAGUGAACCAAAUGACAAGAUUUAUAAACUUAAAGACAUGUCGCCUCCUUCUGGAAAUGUGCUUAAGUUUACUCAACUGGACCCAAAACAAAAAUAUGGACAUUCAAAGAAAACACACAAGAACAUUACAAAGGCAAAGUUUUUGUUUCCGGAAAAAUCUUCAAAGGAAAGUUCUGUGUCAGCAAUAAACAAAGCAGAAGGACGUGUCAAGCAGCCUUCCGAUUCUCAGCCCUCAAGACAAACAUACACCAAGACAGAUACAAGUGUACUCACACUGCCACAUACAUCGACGCAUGACCAGUAUGACAAUGAAGGACAAAACGAAGUGGAUUCCACGGUAAAUAGUGAUAAUGGAAGCAAAUCAUCAGGAAGGUCACAUCACAAACACAAGAGUUCGCAUAAAAAAUCAAAGAAGAAAAAGAAACACAAAGAGAAAAACAGGACAAAGUCUGGUCAAGAUUCGUCAUUACAAGUAACAGAUAUUCCAGACGGAAACACGAAACCCAUUGAAAAGCAGUCGGAAAUGUCACCACAACCGCGUCACCUAAACACAACAUCCGUUGUUGGCAAAGUGGAGGUUGGGGAUACCUUAUCUAUUCAUGGAAAUGAUGAGGACUAUUCGUCUCCUGUUUCUGGAGGUAGCGGGAUGGAUACGUUGUCAAUUGCUAAAGAUCUACAAGAGGAAAAAUGGUCCUUUCCUGUAAAAAAGGAGGAUACUCUAAUUUCAGCGAAUAACGAGGAGGUUAUAUUGUCUGUAAGUGAGGAAAAUAUGUCAGUUUUUUGGUAUGCUGGCAAGUGAGUCUGGAAAUACAAAAGAAAAUAAAAUUGUUGAAAAUAAUGAGGAAG